GCGCUUCAUUCUCGAGUUGCGGUCCAACGAGUUAACACGUCGCCUCUACCAAGCAGUUUUAUUAUAAAAAUCGCGUCAAGCAGUUUACGUAUUUUGUUUGUUACUUAAUUUUUUUUUAUUUGAAUAUUACGCGAAUUAUGCCUUCAUCUACAUUUGUCCUGGAACAUUUGGUGACGGCACAACUACGUCUGGAGGAACAGGAACAGGCUCUGAAGGCUCAGAAAAUCCAAAAGAAUUCUCCAACAACCACUAUUUGUAAAACCACAAAUCCUUUGAAGAAGUCGUAUGAAAAGAAGCUGUUGUCGGCUCUUAAGAAAAUUGUGCAAUAAAAUAAAUAAACAAAAACAAUACUAUAGAAACUAUAGACAUUUCACCUUAAUCGAGCUGACUAAGAUCAAUAAAAAAAAAAAACAAAACAAAAAACAAAAACAAACAAGCGGCGAAAAUAUAAAAAACAAGAAUACUAGUUUUCUGAGUGAGUGUGUGGGCAAGUUGUUACAUAAACAAAAAAAUAAAUAAAGUAAUAGCUAAUAAAAAAUAUAUACAUCUCUCAAAAACAAAACAAAAAAACAACAACGCAUUAUUCCCCGCUGUUGUGGAAGUUUUUUACAUUUAUUUUUUAAAAGUGCGUGUCAAGUGAAGAAAUUAAAAAAUAAAAAAAUCAAAAUGCUGUUCAACAAGUGCCUGGAAAAGUUGUCCAGUGUGGUUAACCACAAACUUCAAGAGAAACAAGUCUACAAUAAUAAUAAUAAUAACAAUAACAUAAAUAAUAAUAAUCUAAGUCAGAAUAAUAAUAAUGCCUAUAAUAAGCAAAGAAACUUUGAAUACGAAAGAGCUAUUCAGGCUCAUUAUGGCAGUAAGGUGGAAAAGUCCAGGGAACGAACGAAAACAAAGUCCGGCAAACGGAAGUCAGUGCCACUUGAAAAGGACGAUAUAUCGGAGGAUAUAUCCACACCUUCCACUGGCAAUUGCAUGACGCACGACGAACUGGCCCAAAUAAUAAGGGGCGUGGCCAGAAAUCAACCAAAUUCCAUUUCAAAUCGAAACCAAAGUCAAAAUAAUCAACGCCGAACACUAUCCGCCCAGCCAUCUGCCUGUCAUUCGAAUUCCUCAUCCCAGGAAUCCUUGCAUCAUCAUCAUCAGUCCGCCAGUCCUGCCCCGCCCACAUAUGCCUCAUAUCCGGCCACGCCCACCUCCUGGUCAGCCACGCCGCCCCAGUUUCCGGCCCCCUUCGGAGGAGCUGGCUCCGAGAGCACCCUAUGCCUUUUGGCCAAUAUGCGGUUUCAGCUUCACGGCUAUAAAUGGUUUCAUGGAAAUCUUUCCGGCAAGGAAGCAGAAAAAUUGAUACUGGAGCGUGGCAAGAAUGGUUCGUUUCUCGUCCGUGAAUCUCAAAGUAAACCCGGCGAUUUCGUUUUAUCCGUGCGUACGGACGACAAAGUAACCCAUGUCAUGAUCCGAUGGCAGGAUAAGAAAUACGAUGUUGGAGGCGGUGAAUCCUUUGCCACAUUAUCGAAACUGAUCGAGCACUACAAACGUAAUCCCAUGGUGGAGACGUGCGGUUCAGUGGUGCAUCUGCGCCAGCCCUUCAAUGCCACAAGAAUAACAGCAGCCGGAAUCAAUGCACGGGUGGAGCAGCUAGUUAAGGGCGGCUUUUGGGAAGAGUUCGAGUCACUGCAGCAGGACAGUCGGGAUUCCUUUUCCCGAAAUGAGGGCUACAAGACGGAAAAUCGCAUUAAGAAUCGUUAUCGCAACAUAUUGCCAUAUGACCACACUCGUGUCAAGCUGCUGGAUGUGGAGCACAGCGUGGCCGGGGCGGAGUACAUAAAUGCCAACUACAUACGAUUGCCCACCGAUGGGGAUCUGUACAACAUGAGCAGCUCGUCGGAGAGCUUGAACAGCUCCGUGCCCAGUUGUCCCGCCUGUACGGCGGCCCAGACCCAAAGGAACUGCCCCAACUGCCAGGUGCUGAACAAGACCUGUGUCCAGUGUGCCGUCAAAAGCGCCAUCCUGCCGUACAGCAAUUGUGCCACCUGCAGCCGCAAAUCGGAUUCAUUGAGCAAGCACAAACGCAGCGAAUCCUCGGCCAGCUCCUCGCCCUCGAUAACGGGGUCCGUGAAUGGUGUUAACAACGGACCCGGCACCCCCACCAAUCUCACCAAUCAUCCGGCAGCCGGCUGUCUAACCGGAUUGCUUAAAAAGCAUUCCGGCGAAUCGGCCUACGGCAGCGGUAACACUGUCUCCGGAUCCGGUACGACGGCCGAAAGAGAAAGGGAGAGAGAGCGCGAACGGGAGCGGGAAAUGUUUAAAACAUAUAUCGCCACCCAGGGCUGUCUGCUCACCCAUCAGGUGAACACGGUGACGGAUUUCUGGAACAUGAUCUGGCAGGAGAACACACGGGUGAUUGUGAUGACCACCAAGGAGUAUGAGCGCGGCAAGGAGAAGUGCGCCCGCUACUGGCCCGACGAGGGCAAGACGGAACAGUUCGGUCCGGCGCGGAUACAGUGCGUCUCCGAGAACUCGACUAGUGACUAUACGUUACGUGAGUUUCUGGUCUCGUGGCGGGAUCAGCCAACGCGUCGGAUCUAUCACUAUCACUUCCAGGUGUGGCCGGAUCACGGUGUCCCAGCCGAUCCGGGUUGUGUUCUCAACUUCCUUCAGGAUGUCAACACACGCCAGAGUCAGUUGGCUCAGGCGGGUGAGAAACCGGGUCCCAUUUGUGUACACUGUUCGGCGGGAAUAGGUCGUACUGGCACGUUUAUUGUGAUUGAUAUGAUUCUCGAUCAGAUUGUACGAAAUGGCUUGGACACCGAAAUCGAUAUCCAGCGUACCAUUCAAAUGGUUCGUUCGCAGCGUUCCGGCCUGGUCCAAACCGAGGCCCAGUACAAGUUUGUUUACUAUGCGGUCCAGCAUUACAUCCAGACCUUGAUAGCCAGGAAGCGAGCCGAAGAGCAGAGCCUCCAAGUGGGUCGCGAGUACACAAACAUCAAGUACACGGGCGAAAUUGGCAACGAUUCACAAAGAUCUCCAUUACCACCAGCAAUUUCUAGCAUAAGUUUAGCCUCAAGUAAGACGCCAUCGACGCCGUCGACCUGCUCCUCGACGGACUCGAGCAUGGGUAUGGGAAUGGGUAUGGGUUUUGGCAACCUAUCGGCCGGAUCGGGACCGGGAACGGGUUCGGGAUCUGGUACUGGCACGGGAUCUGGCAAUAAGCAUGCGGGAAAGCAGCAACCACCGUUACCGGCCAAUUGCAAUAAUAACAACAAUGGCAUCAGCAGCAACAAUAGCAGCAACAACAAGGACACCAGCAACACGAGCAGCAGCAGCAGUAGCAGCAACAACAGCAGCAGCAGCAAUGGUAUCGGUGGCAGCAAUGGCAAUAUAAAUGCUAUACUCGGUGGCAUUGGAUUGCGAAAACAUCACCAGAGAGAGGAUCAACUGCAGCAGCAGCAGCAUCUGGCUGGUGGAGCAUCAGGAGCAGGUAAGCAACAACAACAGCAGCAUCAGCAACAACAACAACAGCCGGCACCGCCGAUGCGACCGCGUGCCGGUAUACUCAAGUUGCUGACCAGUCCCGUCAUCUUUCAGCAAAAUACAAAAACAUUCCCAAAGACAUGAUGAUGCAGCGGCCAAUGCCGCCGGCAAUUGUCGGCCAGCAUCAUCAUCAUCAUGCUCCACCGAACGCCUCCCAUGUGGAUGCACAGGCAUCCAU